UAACCGCCAUGAUCGAAAAGGAAAUGGUGGACAUGUGUGAGUUUAUUAGAUCGUUCUCGCACAAUGAGAGCUGCGACGUAUCAACUUUCAUUGCGAAGAUGGAGUCGUUUGAUUCAAUCGCAAAGACGGAUACAAACGAGUCGAUGGCAAAGAAAGAUUCAACAGAUUUGAUUACAGAAGUUGAUUCAAACCAAGAUGUUGAGUCACUUGGAGUAGAUUCAAGGGAUUCGAUUCCUGAGAUCUAUUCAAACAAAAAGUUUGAUGCAGAUUCUGUUCAUCAGCUUAAGGAGUUUGAAAAAGAGGGAAUUGUCGUCGACGUAAAGUGAACGGUAGCUUUGUAUCCCCAUGCAAGAGGACUAUUCUUGGGAUCAAAACUUCAUUUCCAAUGUGUGAGCCAGUAAUUAUAUCUGCCUUAAGCACUCUUUCACCUAUGUGGGUUAGGAUCAUACGGGUACCAUUACAUAAUCCUUUUGUUUGAUUUAUGUUUCGCAGAAGCAUAAUCGGGGCCCCAACUUUGAGAGUGAGUUUAUGGGAAGGCAAUCCUGGAAACUCCAUGGAGUUGAGAUACUCAAUGGCGUAUAGUGUAUCAUUUUGGUUAGAUUGAGUUUCCGAAACCUCAAAGCUAUCGUAACUGUAGUAGUUUUUUGACUCUCCGUCGGUUUGCGAGAUUGUAUACGCAUUGAUUUCAUCGACUGUAUCAUUUCGGGGUGUAAGGAUAGCUUUAUCGGUGUAGG